AUGCCGAAAACCGUUGCGGCCUCAACCCCUUCGCGCCGGCGGCGCAAAUCGCUGGGGCAACACUUUCUCGCGGACCCCCGGGUCGCCCAGCGGAUCGUCGCGGCAGCGGAGCCGGACGGGUCCGACGUGGUGCUGGAAAUUGGUCCCGGUGCAGGGGUAUUGACGCGGAGGCUGGUGGAGCAGGCUGGCAAAGUCGUUGCGGUCGAGUUGGACCAACGUUUGGCCGAGGAACUGCCAGGGAGGCUGGGGUUCCCGUCCAACCUGGAUGUCAGGCCCGGGGACGGGAGAGAGAUCGUCCCAGACGAACUCGUCGGUUCGGAAACGCCUUACAAGGUGGUAGCCAACCUGCCGUACUACGCGGCCGCGCCGAUCGUGCGCAGGUUCCUGGAAACGGUCAGGCCACCGACGCUGAUGGUGGUGAUGGUACAGCGGGAAGUGGCGGACGCCAUGAACGCCAAACCCGGGGAGUUCACGUUGUUGUCGGUGGCGACACAGUUCUAUGCCGAACCCUCGGUGGUCGUGCAGGUCCCCGCACGGAGUUUCCGACCGCCGCCAAAGGUUUCCUCCACCGUGCUGAAACUGGCGGUGCGUCCGCAACCGGCCGCUGCGGUGGUCGAUACGGGGGAUUUCUUCGCGCUGGUGAGGGCCGGGUUCAGCGCGCCACGGAAGCAGUUGCGCAACUCGGUGGCGCAAGGGACGGGAGCGUCACUGGAGACGGUGGCCGCCGCGCUGGACGCAGCGGAGAUCGAUCCGCAAAGGCGUCCGGCGACGCUGGAAAUCGCGGAGUGGGCGGCACUGGAUGCCAAGUGGCCUGCCGGCGUUCCGAGAUCUCGGAACGCCUAA